AUGCCAGACUUUGAUGAUCUUCUGGAACACAUUGGGGAAUUUGACUUCUUCCAGAAAAGGGUCUUUUUUCUCAUUUGUUUCCUCUCAGCUGCCUUUGCCCCAAUCUAUGUAGGAGUUGUUUUCCUAGGGUAUAUACCAGAGCACCGUUGUCGGAGUCCAGGAGUUAGUGAAUUAAGCAGCCGGUGUGGCUGGACACUUGAAGAGGAACUGAAUCACACUGUUCCAAAGGGGGUGAUCAAAGAGGAUACGUUCACCCCUCAAUGCACGAGAUACAAUGUCAACUGGAAUGAAAGUGGACUGAGCUGUACAGAUCCCUUGGAAGGCUUCACCAGUCAGGAGAAUAGGAGCCUUCUUGUGACUACCUGUCAAGAGGGCUGGCUUUAUGAUGCUUCAAUCCUGUCCAUUGUGAGCGAGUUUAACUUGGUAUGCGGAGAUUCCUGGAAACUAGAUGUGUUUCAGUCAGCUGUGAAUGCUGGAUUUCUGGUUGGAUCUGCAUUUGUUGGCCACAUAGCAGACAGGUUUGGACGGAAAACAAGCCUUUUAAUUGCUGUCUUGGUAACCGCAAUCUCCGGAGUACUUGUAGCUUUCUCACCAAACUACUUAUGGUCCGUGAUAUUCCGUUUCAUCCAAGGUCUGUUCAGCAAGGGCAGCUGGAUGGCAGGUUACAGUUUGCUCACAGAAAUUGUUGGUCCAAGCUACAGGAGGACUGUGGCCAUUCUCUAUCAACUAGCAUAUGGUUUUGGUCUCCUCAUCCUCAAUGCUUUGGCUUAUGCAAUUCCCAACUGGAGAUGGCUUCAACUUGCUGUUACUUUUCCAAUGUUCUUUCUCUUACUCUAUUACUGGUGCCUCCCUGAGUCACCCAGGUGGCUGAUCACUCAAGGACAGAAUGCCCGAGCUAUGAAACUUGUGGAUGAAAUUGCUAAAAAAAAUGGGAAAGUCUUACCUGCCAUUUUUGAGAAUAUCAAUCUUGAAAAAGAACAUGUAGAAGAUACAAAGUUUAGCCCUUCUUUGCUGGACCUUGUGAAGACACCCCAGAUCAGGAAAUACACAUUAAUUUUGAUGUAUAAUUGGUUCACAAGUGCCAUAAUGUACCAAGGGCUUAUUAUGCACAUAGGAGUUGCUGGUGGAAAUGUUUACCUGGAUAUUUUCUAUGCCACCCUUGUUGAAUUCCCAGCUGCCUUCAUCCUCAUCGUCACCAUAGAGCGUGUGGGCCGUCGUUAUCCCUGGGCAGUGUCUAAUCUGGUGGCUGGAAUCGCUUGCCUUGUUACAGCUUUCAUCCCAGACGAUAUGCACUCGUUAAAGAUUAUUGCAGGUUGCUUUGGCAGGUUGGGAAUCAUUAUGGCUUUUGAAAUGGUCUGCUUUGUCAAUUCGGAAUUGUAUCCAACAUAUCUCAGAAACCUUGGCAUGAUGGUAUGUUCUUCCUUGUGCGAUUUUGGGGGAAUCAUAUCCCCAUUUAUCGUCUACAGAUUGACAGAAGUCUGGCGUGAGCUACCUCUUGUAGUCUUCACUGUUUUAGGGUUAAUAGCUGCUGGAUCAGUGCUGCUUCUGCCCGAGACCAAGGGAAGUACUUUGCCUGAGACCAUUGAUGACAUAGAAAACUUCCACCAUGCUGGAUUAAACAGUCAAUCUUGAAGCAAAUUCAGAUUUCAAUAUUUUUGAAAUAUGUAUGCUCAGAUGUGGUCCAUAAGAAGUCCAGAUCUAAUUGCUAGCUAAUGAAAAUAUUAAAUUGUAAAAGUCUUUCAUUGAGACAGGUAUUUUAUGCACACACACACACACACACACACACACACUACUCACUUGUUCCAUGUGUGCCUGUGUUAUACGGACAAGUACGGUCAAUACAACAUACACAGCACGUGAAUGGUGAAAAUAAGCAGAGGGUAGUGAAAAUAAUGCUUUUCACCUGAUGUUUAAAGAUUGUAAUAUGAUUGGAAGUUCUAGGUCUGUUAAAACACUAUCCCUUCUUCUUAUUCUAGGGUCUUAGAUUUAACUUUUGCCACUUCAUUUUACUUUUUAUGCAUGUAUGUAUAAAUCUUUUUUUGGGCUCUUUAUAAUGCCCAGAACCCAUAUAAACAUCCUUUUGCUAGUAAAAUAAAUCAAUACAUAAAUAAAUUGAAAUGUCUAUGUCACCCUGUUGGUUACAGCAGAGUUGAGAAAUAGGCAAAGGGGUUAAAAUUGGUGCAUACUGGCAAGAGUUUGCCAGGAGAAGUAAGGGAGUUAAUAUGGGUGCUUUGGUUCUGGUUGCACAUGCCUACAAUUGGAAGGAGUCAGAAGCAGAGGAAUGAUAACCCUUGGAGAUGCUAAGAUAAAUAGAGAUAAAGGGAAGCAAUACAAGGCUUCUCAUUAGAUAGCUUGGAGUCAGGAAAUCAACACGGUGGAUGUCUAGAAGGACAUGGGGAGAGAAAGAGACAAAAUUCGGAAGGGUUAGGGAAAGUGCAAAGAGUUGUGGGUACACAAACAGACCCAGAUUCACAAAAACGCAUCAAUGGUAGAAAAAGAAAGAAAUAGGAAAUUAGUUGAGGAAAAAGGAGGAAAGGUAACAUAAACAGCUAAAGGGAAUAUGAGCUAAGUUUUAAGUUAGGGAAAAAAGACUCUGCAUGAGUAGAUAAGAGUUAAAGGAGAGAGGGGGCAAGACUUUUCUCCCUGUAUUUUUUGUGUAGCAAGGAUUCCACUCAUCCAACCUACAAGAGGAGAGGGGAGAGGGGUGCCAAGAUUCAGAAAGACAGUCUCAGCUUGGCCAAUGCAGAUAGACAGAGGCAGUUGACUGUUUCGUUGUUGGGGAAACUGCACAGUGGAUCAGCUGUGGGAGGAUAGAAGCUUGUAGGUCCAAGAAGAGGAAAAGCAGACGGGAUUCAGAUGGGCCAGGUGGGAAGAGAUCUGGCCCAGAAGGAGGGAUUAAGCAGCCCAGAAGAGAUGGGGAGAACUGCUCCAUGACGUUUGUGCAGAGAUAACUCUUGCUUUGGGCAUUUUAUGAGGGAGGAGGGAGAAUUAGAUUGUUUAAAUAUGCACUGUGCCUUGGACAAAUGCUGCAUGUUAAAGGAAACUGCUCAGUGUAUGUACUGUACGUAUGUAAGAACUACUAGCUCUGAACAAGCUCCUCUGUGGGACAUAUGGAAAAUCACCCACUGAGUUCAGUAGCUUAUUAUUUAUUUAAAAUUAGUCCUGUGCCUGUAUGAUACUGUCUGCAUGUCUGUAUCCUUAUUGCUUUUCUAAUGCCAGUAGUAAAGUUGUUCUUAUCUAUUCAAGAGGCUGGAUAUUUUUUUCGUAUUGGAUGGCCCAAGAGGGAGGGGGGAAAUCUCUUAAAAUCUCCUUACUGGUAGAAGAUUCAGCAGCAGGUUUUGAUUAGGGGGAACUGCAUCGGAGCUAGUAGGUUCCCUGCUCUGAG